AUGGAUCUUGUUGUGUACACAGAGACUAAUCCGACUCAAAUCCAACACGUGAACAAGAAAUCCUCCGACGAGUUGCUCCGUAAGUUCGCCGAUCCCGACGUCGACGAGCCAAAGUCAACGAAGCGACGGAGGAAAUCAGCUACUAAUUCACGAGACAACAGUGUUAUUGACACCGAAAGUAACACUAUUGGUUUGGUGGAGAGGAAAAGACUCUUGCUUGCUCCGGCGAGUAAACGGCGUUCUCUGUUUCUCCGGCAGAUUGCUUCUGGUAAAUCACAUCUCAGAAACAAGUCUCUGGUUAGAACAAUCGGCAAGACAUGGCGUAAAACAAUGGAAGGAGCUUCAAGAGUUUUCAUUGAGAAGCAUUAUAAUAGACACAGACGUCUCAUCAACGACGUCGUUUAA